CUUCCAAGUUCCAUCUGCUUCAUUUUCCCAUUCUUCUUCUUCCAUCAUGACAUGGAAAACAUGAAUUAUGUUAGUGUUGAGUCGUUCAAUCUGAACGGUGUUUCCAUCAAUACCACUGUUGUAUAUGAUCAUGAUGUAUAUGGGGAUGAGCCGCAUGAGGUUGAUGACUAUAUCUCGCGUUUCUUGAGCCCAGCUUAUGACACGACAAAGGUUUUUUGGGUCUGGUGCCGAGUGGCAUGUGCCUCCUUAUUCACCAUCGUCUAAAUGCAGCUCUGUGCACCUCUGCGAUGGAGUUUCGUAUCUCAUUAUUAUGUUUAGUGGUGCUUAUGAAAGGGUUCCCCAAUCACCGGUUAGUUUUCUUAAUCUUCCAAAUUACACCUUCGUUGGUUUUGGUAUCAAAGAUAAUGUGGCUAAGUUGGAGUCAAAUUAUGGUUGUGGAAUCAUAAAUGCUGUUGAACUUGGACCCUUGGCUGCUACUGCCAUGAAGAAACCUCGUUUGGCUUAUAUCGGUGUUGAUGAGCUGCUUUCUGUGGUCACUGGGCUUUCUCUUCGAAACCAAAGGCCUGUACGCAUCUUCUAUGAUUGGGAAAACCGUAAACAUUUCACAGAACUUGUUAAAACCGCUACUAUUAAUGUUUACUCUUAUCAAAAGAUUGGGAGAAAAUUGCUUGCUUAUGAUUGGGAGUAGUAGUGGUUUUCUAGAGGAGCUUAUGAUUGUUUUUUUGUUUGUAAAGCUCAUGGUAUUUUUUCUCUUUGUUUGCUGGUUUACUUGCACAUCAAGGUAUUAUUAGGGUAUUCAUAAUUCACCAAUAAAUCAUUGCUCCACAACUAUGUUUUAGGUUAUUUAUUAAUCAAAUUUCUUUUAAUGGAA